CAUGUGCUCCAAUUGAAUGCUCAAUUGGAACGACAGUUGAAUGAUGCCAGACAAGAUUUGGACGAACAUACACGUGAUUCUGAGCUAGAGCGCAAUGCAUUACGCAAAGAUCUAGCCGCCAGCCAAAACGAGCUUGAGAGAACUUUGGCCGAAUUUCAAGCUCUUUUAGACGCUAAAUUGAGCCUGGAGCUCGAAAUAGCUGCUUACAGAAAACUUUUGGAAGGUGAAGAGAACCGGUAA